UGCUGCCAACCCACACGAGCAGGUCAAAGUCUAUCUGUAUUAGUCGGCACACCGCUAGUACUUUUAAUUCACAUUUAAUACGACUAGGCCUACUGAAAACAUACGAAUCGGCGCUUCGGCUAUGAUGGAAAUAUCCAAGAAAGUAUUUUUCAUAACGGGAGCGGCUCAAGGCCUUGGCAAGGGGUUUGCAGAUGCAGUGCUGAAAAGGGGUGGAAAGGUUUUUAUUGCAGAUCUCAACACAAAGACCGGCGAGGAGACCUUAGCAGCCCUACAAAAGGAAUACGGAGCUGACAAUGUCAGAUUCGGAAAAUGUGACGUUUCCAAUAAAGAUCAAUUUAAAGCAACCUUUCAGUCGGCUGUGAAUAGUUUUGGUCAGAUUGACGUGAUGGUGAAUAACGCAGGAAUAAUGAAUGAUAAGACGUGGGAAUUGCAGAUAGCUAUCAAUUUUAAUGCAGUUGUCUUGGGAACUAAUUUGGCCAUGGAACACAUGCGUAAGGAUAAAGGCGGUAGAGGAGGGGUGAUAAUAAACACAGCUUCACUAGCAGGCGUGACUCCAUAUUUUUGGUUUCCAGUCUACGCGGGUACAAAAUAUGCUGUAGUUGGAUUUACUAAAAGCUGGGCGGCAAAUCCCAAAAUAGCCAGCAUGGGAGUGAGGUUAGCCUGUCUGUGUCCCUCUGGUGCAGACACAAAUCUGUUCAACAUAAAAGAAGACGAGUGUCAUGGUUUAGACAGUCUUACGGCCUAUUUCGAUUUUAUUGGACGCCUUCCAGUGUCUGCUGUCAGUGAUGCCUUCAUCAAACUGGUUCAGGACGAGGACAGCAAUGGGAAGCUUAUAGCCAUCAUUCCAGGAUCAGAUUCAUAUUACACGGAACAGGUGCUUGAUCCGCCGCUUGCAUUGCCAAAGUUGGAAAAAAAUGCGUGAUGCAAAAGAGUGAUAUAAUCUCCCCUUGGGCUGUUCAGCAAAUAGACAUUUUUGUGAAAAUAAUUUUGAAUUUACUUGUUAAGUACACACGUUUUUAAGAAAAAUUUUUGCUAUUUACACAAUGUAUUGGCGAAAGCCGUUUAACUUGAUCAAUAGGUCAUUGAUUAGAAGUUGGUUUAAAGCCAUUAGUCAGAUUUACAGGCCAGUGGGGUACAAGGGCGUAUCCAAGUGAGGGGACCAGUGCACCAUAAAAAAAAGUGUCAAGUCGCCCCCCCCCCCCAAUGUUGUUUUUUUUACAAUUUUCACUGAAGUUCCCGUUUCAGGAAGUUGAUGCCAUUUUGCCCUUAGUCCCCUCCCUAAAAUAUUUUCUGGGUCCGCUCUUGGGGUGUGCAGUUCAAAGGCUCAUCCGAUGAAUUAAUCAUUCCAAAUAUGAAAGUAAUCUGCACGGGGCUGGAUGUGUCUAAUAGAAAGACUCUACUGGUGAACAUUUACUAAAAUAUUAUUUAGUACAUAUAUAUGAAAAUCAUCUAUCAAAGGAUUCAGGAGUGAAAUGCAACUGUAAAACCAUUAUAAACCAAACGUUAACAAAAUUCUAUACCAAAUAUGAAGUCACUCUUUAAAGGAUUAAAGUGUUAAAUUACAAUUAAAGAAACUUUAACGUAACAGGAAACAAGUUCUAAAUGACCUUGUCAUUGACCUGGCAGUACUUUCAUUGGGUUGGAGGUGUGCAAAAAAAAAAAAAAGUUUUACCAAAUUCUAAAUGACCGUCACCAUGAUUAACCAAGCUUGAACUGAAUAAAAACCUGCAAAUAUGUGACAAAAUAUAACCAUAGUGUACUAGAUUGAUAUCUUAAAGCAUGGGGUCCUCUAAAAACACACAAGCGUGAAUGUGAUCAUACAAAUAGUCUUCUGAACGAUUAUUUCAUUUAUAUGUUGCUCACACAAGUUUCAUUUUGUAUAACCCAUUUUUUGUUCCCACGUUCAGUUUAGGUCCCGGUUUUUGGGGGUUCUCAGAGACUAAGCAAACGUAGCUAAAUGCUAAUGGCAGUUUGACUGGACAACCUCAUUGUUCUCUCGUUUGGUGAAACAGUGGUUAAAACAUCUGCCUGAUGUCUUGAGUUUUAAUGCAUAAUGCCACAAUUCUGCUCUUACUAACCACAGAUGAAAACCCAUCCGAUUUUUUUUGCAUUUCAGCACCAACCAAAAAAUAUUACUGUUCUGAUUUUGAUGAAAAG